AUGCUCGGAACGCCAUACAUAAGUGAGCAGGUGCUAGUCCGGCCUCCAGAAGCUUACACUGGGGGCCCGGGGCAGCCGUUCGUAGCCGAGGAGCGUUCGUUGUAUUUUGUGGUUUUACCUUGCGUGCCUUGCAUGGCCAAUUCCAGUUUUGCACCAAAAGCAGCCCGGCGUUCCGAUUUAGGGCAGCGGCUGUCAACUUGUCCGGGGCCCCCUAAUGGGCGAGUGCUGAUUGGCUGGGACGAGGGAGUUAUCAAGGAUCAGCCCACGAGGUGGCCCCCUAUCUCUCCAGUGUCUGAUACGAAAUCGGAUGCCGAGGGUUCCUAUAUCGGGAGUGAAGAAGUAUCAUUGUACUACUUCGAAACCGGGUCGAGACAACGACGUACAGUACUAGAUGACUGGAUAUCCACCUGCCAAAGAGGCGAGGAAUACUACGGCAUAGUAGCUGGCACCUCCUACUAUACCCGACUGGGGAUGUAUGCUGUAGACUCUCGCAAGGACUUGCAAAGUAUUUCAGCCGGAGGUUUGAGGAUGACUUGCGGUGACGAUGGCCCACUUGCCGGUGGGAUGAGAGAAAUGGAAAGUGACCGCGUCGCUUCCUGA